AUGCGUUUCAUCGCCAUCUUCGCUACUCUCCUAGCCGUUGCUUUCGCUUCCCCCAAUCUAGAAGCCAGACAGCAGGGAGAAAGCUGCAAGGUCGUCCACGGAGCCUCCUGCGAGUCCCAGGGCUUGGUCCAGUGUGGUUCUUCUUCCGGAAAUGUCCGGGCCUGCUGUAAACGCUGCUACUAA